UCAGCUGCGAACAGAGAAGAAGAAGACCCUUUUGUCGUGGGACUAUCGACAAUUUUUGCAUUUGAACGUUUUAUAUUUGUAUAUAAUAUUAAUAUCGGUAUCGCAAAUAUGAAUUCACGCGACGGAGUGCCGAAAAAACUAGGCCGCCCGUCUAUUAACAUCGCUAUCAACCCGGGGAACGCAAAUGUAACUACUAAUUCUGCUUCUGGCAUUGGUAAUAUUGCUGGAGCUAACAGUACUCUAAACGGAAUGGAAUCUACGACAGGUGAUUAUGUUCCUAUAUUUUUUGAAGAAAUUUCACAAAUCAUGCGUGGUUAUGGAGACUGCGAGAAACCUUUACGAGAAUCGGUGAUUCUUGUUGAAAAAAUAGUACUGCAUCAGUUAAGAGGUAUCAUGCAGGAUGCGAUCGAUCACGCGAUGUCAAGACAAAAUUCCCCAGUGCUCUCCCGAAGAGAUUUUGAAUAUAUAAUGCGGAAAAAUCCGGUUCGGGUUGCUCGGUUGCAGAAAUAUUUUCGGGAUAUGGCUUUUGUGAAGAAAAAAAUGAAAGACCUCUAUGGGGAUCGGUUUUCGCAGUUGGGAGAUUUAGGUUCGAACUUGGACGAAUCAGACGAAGACUCAGAUCGAGAUGUGGUAGAGAAGUUUGACGAAGAGAAAGUUAGGCGAUUAUUCCGUGCAGACAGGAUUUCGCAAAUACUUGCUGGAAAACAAUAUGAAGAAUUCAAUUUAGCUAGACGGACGUCUUUCAUGCAUAGGAAUACGAACACCAUGAAAAAUCGGAUGCGAGCUUGGUUAAAUUUUCCAGAAGAUGUGAUAAUUUCCCAAAGUUGUUUAUUGACUCUGUCGUAUCUGGCUCAUGAAACCAUCGCAGUGCUGGUUGAUUUCUGCAUUUUGACAAGACUAAAUUCAUCCAACCGAGCAGUUGAACCAUACAGCCGGGUAACCUCGUCAGGAACAUCUCACUCUAUGCUUCAUUUGUGUCCAGAAGUCACCCAUGGUCGUGGCGUAGACGGAGUGAAGGCAAUUACACCGCAAGAAAUUCACGAAGCAAUGCGCCGGCACCGGCAAAUGGCAACGCAAGGUAUGGGUCAUUUUCGGAAUAACGCUCUCAACUGUAGAAGUCCGUACCUUGCAAUGUAA